GGCAUUAAUCUAUUCAAGUCAUGUCAAUUCUAUUAUUGGGACUAGAUGCUUAUAACAAGACGGUUCCUAAUCCAAAUAAUGAUAUUUUGAAAGAAUUGGGCCCAGAGAAUGUUGCGAUUGCUUCACUCAUGUUGAUUAUUAAUGGUCUCAUCUCAAUGUAUUUUGGUCUUGGGUUGGAAAUCACUAUUUUUAUAUCUGCACUUCGAUGUGUUGUCCAGCUCACAAUUCUUGGAUAUAUUUUAAAGCCAAUCUUUGAUAUAGACAGUCCAUUUUUUGUACUGGCUUUAGCAGCACUAUUGGCUAUUAUUUCAGCAUCAGAGAUUGUAUGGGGCCGUACACCCUAUCGCCAUCAAUUUAUGUUCCUCUCAGUGCUGCUUUCCAUUGCCUCUAGCACUUUUAUCAUCAGUUGGAUUGGCAAUGCUUAUGCCAUUCGUGCAGAUCAAUGGCUUUCUGCACGACAAUUUAUUCCCACCAUGGGAAUGGUGCUUGGCAAUUCCAUGUCUGCUGUCGCUAUUGGGCUGAGUAGUGUCAUGACCCAGCUAAUUGAUCAAAAAGAUCGUAUUGAAAUGCAUUUGUCUUUUGGAGCAUCACGAUGGGAAGCUGCUCGACCUGUUUGUGUCGAGGCCAUUAAGCUUGCGCUGCUGCCUACUAUAAAUUCAAUGAGCAUUAUUGGACUUGUUUCUAUUCCUGGAAUGAUGACGGGUCAGAUUCUUGGCGGAUCCAGUGUUGAAAAUGCUGUAUACUACCAGGAAAUUAUCAUGUUUAUGAUUACUGCUUCUUGCUGCAUUUCAACAGUGGCAGCCGUCCUUACAGCCGUAUUUGUAAUAUUUGACGACAAGGCGCGAUUGAGAAUAGACUGGGUUGUCAAGAGUCGGGGCAAAGCUGACUAUAAGAAAAUGUUUUCUGGUUAUGUUAUGCGAGUCAAAUCUUUGUUUAGUGCAAGGCGAUCAAAUAGAAACGGCAGUUCUACCGAUACUUUGUCUGCCGAAUGCGAUCCUCUUUUGCCCAUAAGCACUUGAGCUUUUUACUGCCAUUUGACUAGAGCGCUACCAACUAUCUUGCUAGAUUUACAAUCAAGGUCAAGGCAGUUUUUUUGGACUUUUAAAUACAAUUCUAGUUUUAAUUCGUUG